GAAGAAAUUGCAUUUAAUCACGUAAAAUGAAACUUAAAAUAAAAGAUAGCGAAAGGUCGAUUAGCUUUAAUUAUGUUGUGUUAGUUUUAAUUAGCCAACAAACAUAUUUUAUCGCCUAGCGUCAUUCUCUUCGACUAUCAUUUGAGGAGAAUAUUUUCUCCAUUUGAUCUACAAUAUAACGUCUUCUCGCGUUAAAACUGUAUAAUUUCAAAACUUACUAAUUUUACAGAAGAGCGUUUUAAAGGUUUAACAUGUAAUAUUUUUAAUAUUACUUAAAUCAUAUUUGCAACAUUUCUUUUAAAUUUUUUACCAGUUACCUUAUCUGUCUUUUAAAGUAAGAUAAAAUUUUGUUAAUAGUAGUUAAAACAUAGGUAAACUAAAAGAAAAAAACAACCUAAACUACGCUCUUUUGACAGUAUGAGAAAAAUACUGGUAAUACCAAAUGUUUACGCAUAUUAACUCAAUUUCGAAUAUUUUUGGAAAUUGUACACUUUUAAUGCGAAAAGUCGAUAUGUAUCAGUGAUUCUUGUUUCGAAUUAGAAUCCAGCAGUUUGUGCUCGACUUAGCAGAGCACCGUAGCGCGUUAGAAACCGACGGCCGACGAUUAAUGGCGGUACACCGAUCCAGUGACAAUUAAAUCACUUUAUGAGCUGCACAAUUUGUGUUUCGGCCCACACGGCUCGGCUUGGUCGAGACAAGACGCUCUCCGACCGUGUUUCACUGGAAUCGCGUUAUAUUUAGAAUUUCCGUUUCGGCCCUACAUGGACAAAAUGGGCUCAGUGCGUUUUCGUCUUUGAAUAGCGAUCGCUGCCGGGUUUAGUGACUCUUUUUUGGAAGUCGCAAGUGUACUCAUUGAUCUCGUUCCGUAUGUGCUUUAUUUGUUUCAGUUUUCCGUUUGUAAAUUCGAUAUGCGUGAACGGUAAGGAUAUUUGUGUUUGUGAAGUAAUAAAAGUAGUCGUAUCUUUAGUAUGUAUUUGAAUUGUUUCCUUUUUUUAAUACACAUUUUUUAAGAAAUUAUACCUGCUUAAUAUUACAAUUUUAACGUUUUCAUUCAAUCAAAACGUAUUUUAUAAACGUAGCUUUUUACAUAAAUUUGUUUUAAAAUUAUUCUAAUUUCUAAGAUUUAUUUCAAGCAAAAGAACAAAAUAAUGCAUGCUCUAAUGAAAUCUAAAAGUCCUACAGAAUCGAUAAAAUACAGAAGAGACAAUUGAAUUUCACGGUCAAAUUGAUUUCGAACUAACUACUUCGUUGUAAAAACUAUAUGAAUUCUACGAAAGUAUCGAACGAUUUUGAGGUUUGAUGAGACAACAUCGAACAUAAACAAAAUGCGUAAACAAUCCGUAUGACUCACAAUGACGAAGACUCAUUAUCAUAUCACGAACGUGUUUCUACAUCAGUGACUACUAACUCAGUACCCUUACAACACUCAAACAUGAUCAUCGUGUUUUUACGCGAUUUUUUUUCUAAAAUAUUACGUUAUGAUUGAUUUCAGGAACGCGAGUGACAUUAUCGAACGUUAUUGAAUAAACACGCGCGACAUUACGUGAUCAACCAUUACUGAUAGAAUUUUCCUUAACGUUGCGAACAAAGAGUAUAGGUAAUAUUUUUAAAACAUUAAACACUUAUACGGACGCACCAGCCUGUUGAUCUAAACACGUGUCGCGUACGUUGCAUACGAGGAUGCGAGCGUUCGACGCGCGCGUGCAAUAAAAAUUGAAUGCAAAAAUGAUCAAAAGGAACGGUGAUAAUGUGUUUGCGAUCGCGUCGACCAACAAUCAGUGUCAAGGCGGCAGCAGAAACGCUGUCUCGCUCUGUCCCAGCGGCGCGGCGACGAGGAUACCGCGAGCCACUGCCGCCAGGAUGACGCCGCCCGACGCGCACCACAACUCCAAGGAGGCUAACAUCGCUCUCUCGAUUUACGUCGAAAAGUGGAAAAACAGAUAUGAAGAUGCUGAAAGGAAACAUAAAGCGUAUCUACUCAAAUCCGAAAAAGCGAAACGCGAGCACGAUGACCUCCAGCGUCGCUACAACAUCUUGCACGAAGAAAGAAACCACCUGGACUCGGAGUUACGAGAGAGAGAACGCGAGCUGAACAAGCUGAAGAAUGUCUCCGAAAAGCUAUUCAACGAGUACCAGCAGCUGAAGCAUCAGCACGAGGUCGACGCGGGUGUCAUGCACAAAGUGAUGCAACAGGCGGGCGAGUGGUACAAGCAGAACAAGCAGCUCAAGCGGCGCAGCACCGUGCUGAUGCAGGCCUUGCCCGUCCCGCCCGUCGACAUCGACCUCACCGACACCACCGACACCGCGUCAGACACGAGCAGCAACGAGGAAGUGGAGUUCCUGAAGCAGACCGUCACGGAGCUGAGCAGGCAGAUCGCGUCGCUGCAGACAGACCUCAACACCGCCAAGCUACAAGAGUUUGAGGCUCACGAAGCCAACGUGGCUCUGUCGCAGGAAGUAGAAACAGAGAAAGAAAAGCGUCUGGCGCAAGAGAAGGAGCUGCAGGACUUGAGGGUUCAGUUGGAGAGACACAACCGCGUGUCGAAGCUGCUGAUGGACGAGGUGUCAGCCUUGAAGGAGAAUGCGGAUAAGGACAGAGAAAUGGCUGAAACGUACCGGUCGGAAGCCCGCGCGGCCAAGAAGCGCGCGGUGGUGUUGGCGCACCAGAGCGCGCUGCUGACGGGCGAGCUGCCGCCGGACGAGCGGCUGGCGCGGCUGCUGCAGGAGCUGGACAGCUUGCGGGACGCGCUGGACGACCAGGCCACGCGCCACCGCGACCAGCUGCACGAGCUGCAGCUGAAACUAGCAGAGAAACAUGAGGAGACUGAUAUCCUGCUGUGGGAGGAGAAGAUCCGCUUAGCGGAGGAGGACGCGGAGAAGGCGACGCGGCGCGCGGAGCAGGCCGAGCGGCGCCUGGCGGAGGCCGAGCGACGCCCCGACCUCGCCGCGCGGACACUGCGCGACGCCGAGACCAAGCUGGCGGAGGCGGAGCGGAAGCUGUCGGAGCUGGAGCGCAGGGGGGGGCGGCGCUCGACCCUCAUGUCGCGGAUCAACUACUUCGAGAACGCGGGCGGAGACAGGAGGGACGUGCAGAGGGAAACAAGAGAACUUCAAGAAGUCAAAGAAGUGGCCGAAGUUGUAGAGAUGAGACAAGAAGUCGCGGAAGUCACCGAGCCCUCAGGUUCAGCAGUAUCUGCGCGUCCCCCCUCGCCGCCCGCUGUUCCAGAAGUGGCUGAACGUGCCCCCUCGCCGGUCGCGCCCUCCGCUCCCCCCGCCCCGCCGACACAGCUCCCCCCGCCGCCGCCUCCCCCCCCUCCCCCUCCACCGCCCCCGGCAGUGUUCAACGCAGGGCCGACUGAAGACAUGGCCAAAAUGCUGUCAAACAAACAGGGAACUCUGAAGAGAAGCAAGCAGAACAAUGGUGGCGCAAUCGACGCUAUAGUGGACCAAAUCAAAGGAGGGAAAUUCCAAUUAAAGUCAACCGACCAGAACUUCCUCGAGCGAAAACCCAAAGACGACCAGCCAGAAGCUGUCAAGGAAAUGCUGGCCAUCCUCGGAACGCUGAGGAAGAGACGCAACGUGAACCGGCCCUGCUUCGUGGCCGGCGCGGAGAAGCACGGCGACGACAGCCUCACGUAAUGACAGCUGUCAGAUUUGACACACGUCAAUAUAUAGAGCAUAAAUUGUUAGUGGAAAAUAAUGGAACAAAACGGAUGGAUAUGUUGUCAUAUCUGAACUAUAGAUUGUUUAAAACGUAUAUAAUUACGAUAUUUUAUAUUGUUAACGUUUCUUCUGUAAAAUUGAGAGACCACCACUCAAAUAACUUCUGGCUCUCGGUGACAGAUGCGAAACUUGAUAUUGUGCCAAUCUCGCCAAGGAGGGAUUUUGAAACUCGAAUCAUUAAGAAGACUUUUUGACGGGAACUCGAGAAGUGAAACUGUGUGAUUUAUUUUAUUUUGUCAAUUUAGUUUUUCUUCAGGGUUAAAUGAGUAAUAAUGGUGGUUUAUUAACUGCUUAGUAACUAAAAGUGCACAAAUGUGGGAAACUGAACAAAUCCGCUUGACGUAACUUCUCGAGAUCCUCUAAAAGUCCACUAAAAAAGUCACAGUAAAUGACCACCAUUUUACUGAGAUUAUAUUUCAUCCCAUAUCAUCUCAUUUCAUUAAAAAUAUUAGGCUGUAUGGUAUGACACCUUUGCCUUUUCAGUUGGAAAAAGAAAACUACUAGUUACUACUGAUAUACCGUACUUAUCGGAGGAAUUGACAUUUGAUUCGGAAUGCGACUAAGAUCUCAGAGACCCACUCGUCGUAGUCCGUGGUAUAUAUAUUUUUUGUAUAUUAACGACUAUUAGUCGAAGUAUUCCGUAUAUCUGGUAUUUUGUAUGAAUUUUAAAUAAAUUAACUUUACAUUUGGAAAACAAAAUUUUACAAAACCUAGGGUAAACAUUCCGAAUUCAUACAAAAUUAUCUCAGUAAAAAUAGAGAUUGUCUCCCAUGUGUUUUAGAAUCAAACAUUAUUUGAAUAUGUAAACAAACCGAAGUGCCUUAAUAUAAGAGUUUAUAAAUAGGAUUAGUAUAUUUACACCAAGGUAAGAUAAAAUAUAUAUUUAAAAAUAUAUUUGUACAAUAAAUUAAAAGAAUAGAAUGUAAUUUUGUUGUUUAAGUAAUUAAUAAAAUGUAUUCUCAUUAAUAAUAAGAGAGUAUACAAAGUGAAAAAAAAAAGUUUUUAGUAUUUUUUCUGUCAAUUACACAGUUACCUGCGGUGCCAUUACAUUCGAAAAAUGCAUUUUGUAAAGUAUUAUGUACAAUAAUAUAUUUUCUAAGAUUUUUAAAUAUUUACAAUAAAAUUGUUUUAAAGUGAGAAA